AUGAGUCAAUCACCCUCUCGCUUUCAGCAGCGUCAUGCUGUCCACCCGCCCACUGGCCCUGCAGAGAUGAACUAUGAUACAGCCAACCCUGGCUACAUCCGCAAGUACCUUCGCACAUACGGCCUCACUCCUCCACACGUUGAUAGCUACGAGGUUCAGAAAACGAGAUGUCUCACACAAUUGGCACUCAAGUCAACCGCAAUAGAUAAAUUCCUCUAUCUCAGCGCCAUUAGAAAGAAUAAUGUGCACUUGUUCUACCGUUUGGUUGUAGAUCACUUGAAGGCGCUGACACCGUUGAUUUACACUCCCGUGGUUGGAGAAGCUUGUCUGAAAUGGUCGGAAAUUUAUCAACAGCCCGAAGGCAUGUAUAUCAGCUACGAAGAUCGGGGCAACAUCGCUGGGGUCAUCCAGAACUGGCCUCAGCCCAAUGUAGAGAUCACAUGCAUAACCGAUGGCUCAAGAAUCCUGGGGUUGGGUGACCUCGGUAUCAAUGGCAUGGGCAUUCCAAUUGGGAAGCUUGCUCUGUAUACUGCCUGCGCUGGCAUUCGGCCAGAGGUUACUCUUCCUCUCACAUUGGACUUGGGCACAAGCAAUAAAUCUCUGAGGGAAGACCCUCUGUACAUGGGGAGCCGGAGGGAGAAGGUCACUCCAGAACAAGAACUUGAGUUCCUGGAUGAGUUGAUGACUGCUCUGACGGAAAGAUGGCCAGGCAUUGUUAUCCAGUUUGAGGAUUUCAAGAAUCCAUUCCCAGCCCUGGCGCGGUAUCGUCAUAAUUAUACCUGCUUCAACGAUGAUAUCCAGGGUACUGGUGCAGUCAUCCUGGCCGGUGUGAUGAACGCAGUGAAGAAGUCUGGAAUUCCUCCCCAGAAUCACAAAGCCGUGUUCUUGGGGGCGGGGAGCGCCGGUGUUGGUGUUGCCAAACAGAUCGUUGACUUCUUUGUCCGCGAAGGAAUGACCGAGGAUGAAGCUCGGGCCUGCUUCUACCUUGUCGAUACUAAGGGCCUUGUGACUGCUGACCGUGGUGACAAGCUUGCCGCACACAAAGUUUACUUUGCGAGAACAGAUAAUGGCGGCAGACAGUACAAGACUUUGGAGGAAGUCGUCGACUAUGUCAGGCCGACCAUGCUCAUGGGAUUGUCCACCCUUGGCGGAGUCUUCACACCUCAGAUCCUCAAGAAGAUGAGCGAUUGGAAUAAGAAGCCAAUCAUCUUCCCUCUAUCGAACCCUUCUGCUAACUCGGAAUGUAAUUUCGAGUCCGCCGUUGUCAACACCGACGGUCGUUGUCUCUUUGCAUCCGGAUCUCCAUUCCAACCUUUCUCCUACACAAACCACGCUGGUGAGACAAAGACACACUACCCUGGCCAAGGUAACAACAUGUAUGUCUUCCCGGGCAUCGGACUGGGAACCAUCCUUUCAAAGGCCGUAGAGAUCACCGACACCAUGAUAUACGCCUCCGCCCAGGCUCUUUCCACGGCCCUGACAUCUGAAGAAAUUGAACAAGGACUCCUUUAUCCGGACAUUACCAGGAUCAGGGAGGUUAGCGUUUUGGUUGCCCGAGGAGUAAUCCGUGCAGCCCAAGAAGCCAAGGUAGAUCGCGAGACUGGUAUCCGAACGUUCUCCGAUUCCGAUCUGGAUGCCUGGAUCAAGUCCCGGAUGUAUAAUCCCCAUGGAGAAGUCCAGUCGCUGGAGAGGGAAGUCGGCCUCCUCCUUUCUUCCAUUGGCCGCCUGAAUGUAAACAGAGAGGAAGGCUCUGCUGCGCCCGAAGUGAAUGGAGAUUCGAAACUUUAA